AUGAGGGCAGCAAGCGACUUCAAUGCGAACCUCCGUCACUCUCGGAGUCCAGGCAAUUCGACACCGCGUGAAGGUAAUGGUCGAAGUAGUCAAUUGUUCCAGGGAGUGAAGAUCCGUGUGUCUUCAGCUUCUAGUUCGCCAUCCAAUAGCGCAAGAUCAUCGCCUCAUAGCACCACUGUCUCUCGAAGUCAUUCGCGUCGAGCUCCUACAGCAGCGGCUGCAGCACCUGCGUAUCUGCAACGAACAGCAAUUUCCAACGCUUACAAUGCGACUGGAUCCUCCCGCAGUAGUGAUGAUGUCGAGACAGCGUCUGCAUCCUCUGAUCAAUUUCACGGAGAUCGUCCGUCAUCACCAGCGCAUAGCGUUUCGAGCACUGCUAGUCGGUUUGUAGAGCGUGGAAGCAACUUUAAAGUCGUAAUUCGGGUGCGUCCACCAUUACCACGGGAGUUGCACGGUGAUCGACCAUUUCAAAAUGUCGUAAGCGUAGAUACCCAUGGUACCGUUUUGACUGUCUCAGAAAAUCCUAGCGCAUUGAGUAACAAAGGAAGUUUUGAUAGUGAGACUGGCGCAAUAGGUGCCUUCGGCUGUCAUGUCUUUUCAUUCGAUCAUGUGUACGACCAACAUUGUACACAGGGCACCGUAUACGAAAAUACGGCAAAAGCGGUCGUCGAGUCUUCACUAGAAGGAUACAACGCCACAAUAUUCGCCUACGGACAAACUGGGACUGGCAAAACGUAUACAAUGGAAGGAUUCAAUAGCGGAUCUGGUAGUGUUGAAGAGCGUGGCAUUAUUCCACGCGCGAUUGAGCAGAUAUUUUGCCAUAUACAAGAAAAUGUCUCGGUACGAUGCCGAUUUCUCGUUCGCGCAUCGUAUUUGCAAAUUUACAACGAGUCCAUUUCGGAUCUUCUCAAGCCCGAAAGGUCCAACCUAAAUAUCCGCGAAGAUCGACGUCGUGGAGUGUUUGUCGAAGGAUUAUCGGAAUGGGUUGUACGAUCACCCGAAGAAAUUUAUGGACUCAUGGAGCGCGGUGGGGCCAUGCGUGCAACUGGAAGUACAAAGAUGAACGAACUUUCAUCGCGAAGUCACGCUGUAUUCAUCAUCAUUGCAGAACAAAGUAAGACAGCGUAUGUGGAUGCAAAAGGGAACGAUGUGGCACCUGAAGAAUUUAUGGCACUUGUAAACGCGUAUCAAGCACGCCAAAACGGAGGAUCCACAUCUACAACUGGCACAGGAGGAAAAUCUUUAAACGGAAUUGCUGCAUUGCACCCGAAGCUAGAAUCUAUGAUCCGCCAAAGUUUUAAAGUUGGGAAACUAAAUCUAGUAGAUCUGGCGGGCUCCGAACGCGUCCGAUUAUCGGGCGCUACUGGUCAACGAUUAGAAGAAAGUAAAAAGAUUAAUCAAUCUCUUUCAGCACUUGGCAAUGUCAUCUCAGCAUUAACGGACGCGCGAGGACGUCAACAUAUUCCAUAUCGAGAUAGUAAACUUACUCGUAUUUUAGAAGAUUCUUUGGGUGGAAAUUGUAAGACCACUAUGAUGGCAAUGGUGUCACCAGCCUUAGAAGCGAUGACUGAAUCGCUGUCAACGCUCAAGUUUGCACAUCGUGCGAAACAUAUCAAGAAUGAGGCUCGGGUGAAUGAAGAUCUUGAUCAAAAGUCACUUCUUCGGAAGUAUGAGCGAGAGCUUAAAAGACUACGAGCGGAAUUGGAUGAACGUUCUAGAAAUGUCGUGGACAAGCGUCGAUUGCUUGAGUUGGAUGAGCAACGUCGUCGGGCAGAAGAGGAUAAAAUGGCUGCGAUUCGUGCACUUGAGGAACGGUCGUUAGAAUUCAUGCGCGAGAAAGAAGAGAAGAAGCGAUUAGAGCAGCGAAUAUCAGCAUUAACGUCUCAAAUGCUCAUGAGCAGUCAAAGGCGGUUGAUACCUGGUGCUACGGAGGGAGAAGAGACGUUAAAUGUUGAAGAUCCAUUAAUCAAAGAUGCGCUGAAAGAACAUCAAGACCGAAUCCGACAAGAGUAUGAGUGUCGUCUUGCGGAUCUAGAAAAAGAGCGGGAGACGAUAGAAGAGGAAAAAGCUCAAGUGGAUCGCUACAAACUGUUGCUACUCAAACAACGCGACAUAAUGAUCGCACUUACACAACGACUGAAUGAACGAGAUGAACAGAUUACUGCACUGCAGGAUGAACUCGAUGCAUACGAUCGCUAUCAAAAAGAACUGGAGGAAAAAUUGGAUGAAAAGACCGCUCACCUCAUUCACUUGCAACGUGUAGCUAUGGAGCACAAUGCAAAUUCACCAGGAAAAAUUGAUUCUGAAUUACUGAAAGCCCUUGGCGACUGGGGUGGAGCCCUUCGAACGACAACCGCCUCGGAUUCCAUCAGCUCUGAGCCUCCUGAAUGUCUUAUGUCCCAUAAACAGUUUCAACCUCAUCGAAUUGACUCGAUAAUCAUGAACGAUACGAAAGGGAAUAAUGAUGGCAACAACAGUUCUAAUCUUUUAUCUGCUGAUGAGAAAAUUCGAGAGUUGCAGUUGUUGGUUGACGCACAGUCGGCUGAAAAUCAACGAAUAGCCAAAGAGUUGGAAGACGUCAAAUUGGAAAAAGCACUGGAGCUUCAGAUGCACGGUAAGCUCAAGAAAAUUGUGGAUGAGAAUCGUUCUGAUAGUCAAAAUUUACAAUUAGUGGCAAGUUUGCAGAGGCGAAUCGACAAUCUACAAUCUGAGAACAAAGAAUUACAAACUCGAGUUUCUGGUGAAGACCCGACACAACUACAGACACGAUAUGACACUUUAGUAAAGGAAAGACGGGCGGUGCAGACCAUUAUGGAACGUAAGAUCAAAGCACUUGUGACCGCAAUUGGUGAAGCAUCAAAUGCUACGCUAGAGACUGCGGGUGGGGCUGAUAAAUUGGGUGAACCUGCUAAGUGGCUUACUCGAGAGAUAAACGCGCUUCAUAGACUUGUAAAUGCCUCUAUUGUCGCGCUACGAAACGCUUGCGCUGAAAAUGGUGUAGCGAAUGGAGAUUCUUUUCGAAAGGAAUCCAGCAGCAGUCAAGCAAUGCCUACGACGGGUUCUGCAGGCAUCAAUGACAAUCGGGAGUUGAGCGGAAAAUCUGAUGGCUCGAUAACUAUGUCUCCAAAACAAAUUGUAUUUCGAUCUGCCAAUACAUAA